CAUGUGUAAUGGGGAAAAUGGAUCGGAUCAUCCGGGGAAUGAACAUGAUGUCAACAAGCUUUCUAUGCUACCUGUACAGCCUAUAUAUACAGUACAUCUGUAUUUCAUGAUGUAACAGAAACUACUUCUACACAGGCAACUAGCAACUCCUCCUCGUUAUCACGGUUAUGGCUGUAGUGGAUAAAAACCUGUUGGAACCUCUUGAUCAUGGAAAUAAAGAAGGAAGAUUAAGCACUGCUCAACUUAUUUCCUUUACCAAGACAAACAUGCUUUCUGUUUUGAAAGAAAAAGAUGAGGACAUUCAAGCACUACGGAGAUUCUACGAAUCCAUUUUAUCAGAAAAGGAGGAUACCAUUAGACACUUACAGUCACACAUUUCUUCACUAAACUCCCAAAUUAAUGAGCAUAGGAAACAGUUAGUCAUCAUUCAAGAGGAAUGUACAAUGAAAGAUUAUCUCUUGGAACAAACAAAUCAAUCUAAAUUCUGGCUGCACGAGUGCAAGUCAAGUGAAUCAAGGAAACAGUUGUACAUCAGAUCAUGCGAACAGUUGGCAGAGUCAGACAGUGAGGAAAUUGAGCGUGGACAGUAUCAAUCUUCAUUAAUUACUGGGUCUAGUACAACCAAUCACUCACUCACAAGAAUCAGCAAUCAUCAGUUAAUGACUAAUCUGAUACAGGAAUUGAAAGCAUCAAAGGAAUCACUCUCUCAUAAAGAAAAAGUAAUAAAAGAAAUGCAACAGAAAGUAUGUGAAGUAGAAGAGAUGCUAGAAAUAAAAGAUAGAGCCAUUCAGCAGCAGCUUAUCACAAUGGAUGAGAUUAGAAUGGAACUUAAAAGCAAAACGCUUCAACUAUUGGAUAUUGACAUUGACCAACUACAAACUGUUAUCAGUGAGAAGGACACAGCUAUUGGCCUGCUUGAGAUGAAGCAUGUUAUUGGAAAACAUCAUGACAGACUCCAAAAAGAAAAAAUGAAACUGACAAAAGAAUUAAAGAGCAAAAUUCAAGAAAAACUUUUGUUAUCACAAGAUAGCAAAAACCUCCAGUCAUCAGAACAUAAUGACGAGCAGCAGAUUCGAGAGGAAAUUAGUGUGAUAUUGAAAGGAAAAGAAAAACUAAAAGGAUACAUUGAUCACUUACUGUCAGUAGCACUGGACACUGACCCUGAACUACUUGAAGGACUGCCCAGAGUUCAACAGAGCCCUGGAAUGAGCCCUGACCUACUAAGAAUAGCAUCACUUACUGAAUUAGUUGAAGAGUUACAGGAAGAAAAGGAUGACAUGUAUUCACUGCAGAGCUAUGCAGCAUCACUAUUGCAGAGACUAUCACAUUGCUCACCUGAACUAUUAAACUCCUUUAAUAUUAUUGAUCAUUAAUGAUUGGCCUUGCUCUGUUGUAUGGGCAAGGCACUAUAGUUUUUAUUUGUGACAAAUAGACCACAUACAGUA